AUGACAACAACUCUGUGUUAUAAGAUCUUGACAUGAAUGAGUACGAACAUAAUUCAUUAGUUGAUGUGGUAUGUUCUGGCGUCUGUUUCGUCGGGGCGACGGGCAUUACAACUUUUUGAUGACUGGGGAAAGGCUUUUAGUAAUAGGAUUGCCAAGACUACGGAGAUUUGAGUUGUGUUUGGUUAACUUGACGUGCUGAAGGCUUAUUACAUCAUGGACACCGCAAACUUGAACGAACUGCUAGAGUGUUCAGUGUGCCUGGAACAACUUGAUCAAACUUGUAAGGUUUUGCCUUGCCAACACACCUUCUGCCGCAAAUGUCUGGAACAAAUCGUCGAAAGAAGAAAGGAGCUUAGGUGCCCUGAAUGCAGGGUUCUUGUCGAAGUGGACGUGAAAGAUUUGCCAGUGAACAUUAUGCUCAUACGAAUUCUAGAAGGUUUGAGCCAGCUUCCGAAGCAGAGAAAACAGGUAGGCGCUUAUAUUGAACAACUAAGACGCUAAAUAAUAAUUUCCUUGUAAAAAUUAGAGACACAGUUUUUUUAAUAUUAACCCUGUUAAUGCGCACGACCUAUUAUCAUCGCAAAGUGCGUGCGACUGACAGUGCAGCUCUUUGAUGAAUGCCGGAGGAGCUGGGGUUUGUGGCGAAUAGAAUUUAUACGAACAAAACAUGUAGAUAGAGGACACUUUUGUUUCUUUACUGUUUUAUUGAAAAGCUAUUGCAACUUCAAUUUCGAUUUUCGUAAUCGGCGAUCGACACUUAAUUCCGAUGUUCGAUUUUCAUUUUCCGAUCUCUGAAAAAAAAAAAAACGUAGGCAAUAUUUUGACCGCAAUUGAAUGAAAAUGAAGAGUGUAUCCUCUUAAAAUAGAAGCUAUAUUGGAUCUUUUUCAUUGAAAAGUAUGUUGACCAUAGUUGCUGCAUACCGUAUAAAUAUGUUUACCUCAUUAAUUCAGCACUCGGCUUUGGUCUGUUCCACUAGAAUCAAGGUCAUGCCACAGAAGACCCGCUUUUUUGCGAAAUUAUCUUCGAAUUCCUGGGUCAAACAUUUGCCAAUUUACUUUCAACGCCUGCGACAUUUUUAGAGAGAAAUAUUUUUUUGUGUAUGUGCCCCGGAAGUACAAACUGAUUUCCUCCCUUCGAUGUAUUAAAGCGCCCUGUGAUAAGAAUAUAUUUCCUUCUUAAUAGUUUGAUCGUUUUUUACGAACUUUAAAGAAAGGUUAAUUUUUAUAAGUUAAAAAGGACUUUAAGCAAUGUUUAAAUUGCUAAUUGUAGUUUACAACGUUCGAAUGUUUUACUGGCUUUGUUUUUCUAGUAAUGCGUGCCGGCGUAAGUCAUAAAAUUUCCCAUUGUCAGAAAAACUCGGAGGCUUUCCGUGGUGCUAAAACAACAAAUCAUACGUUAUCAGUUGUAGCGGAAAUGGUAGCAAGUAUUCACAUGAAUUUUGCAAAUGUUGGUUAAGUUUUACACCUAAACAUCUUGAUCGUUUUAAGCAUGACUUUUUUAAUUUCUUUCUGAAAUGUAUAAAGUUCUUUUUAAAAAGUUGAUAAGUUUUUUUUUUUAAAAAAAGGCACUUGCAUUGUAUUCCAGAGUAAUGUUGUUUUGGUAUUCAUUGGGGCAUUGACCUAUAAUAUUGGAUGUUACAGGUCACGUAACGCAUCUUUUUAAUAUUGAUUAUUAUCUUUGAUGGUAGACACUAACUCUAAAUCUAUAAAAUUUAUGUUCGCCUCAAACAGAUGUCCUUUGGUUUUUGUGUGUGUUGACAUGUGUGCUGUAAUAGUGUUUUUUUUCAGAGAUUACUCGUGCAAACUUUGUGCGUUAGAAUGUACGUGUAAGGUGGUCGGCCGCAAGCUUUUCUACUCCUUCCUGUCUUGUUCUGUACGCGGGAAUUCAUUCUUCUCCUUUGAAAAUUAUUUCUCCUCCUCUAAAACAAGGAUAAUAAUUAUUAAUAGGGAAGUAUGCUAUGUGUCCUUCUGUAGCUCCAGAAAACUGCACUUUUUUUACCUGCUUUGAGUGAAACAGUUGAGUUUUACUAAUUUGAUUUAAUUACUUGACAGUAGAAAUCAACACUCCAGUACUCUCACACUCUUAUUUUACAUGUGCAGUGUAUAUUGCACAUGACCGAGCUUUAAUUAACUAGUAGUACGUGCAAAAUAUGCAUGUAUGCAAAUGAAAACCACAUCACUUUUAACAUGCGGAACAGUGAUAUUAGAGAAACAAAGAAUGUUUUUUCAACCGAAAAGUUCUGAGGGGUGUAAUUCUAUUUUCCUUGUGUCUGGAUGAUUGAGAAAUGUUUUCUUUUACUGAUGAAUUGUUACAGAUUCUGCUGGAAGAGCCAUGAAACCUUUCGCCAUCAAGAUAUUUUUUCACUAAUGAUAUAAAACUGUAAAAUAAAUAUCUCAUUACGAUAUCUCAUUGUACAGAUGUUUAUGUCUUAACCCAACAUGCUUCUGCUGAGUCACUGUUGUCUUUGCUUUCUGUUGAACCUCCAGUGAGAAUCUCAAAUUUGCUGGUUAAGAUAUUCUUCAGGUUGUAUCACCAGUUGCAACACAAUGAGUGUUGUGCAAAAAUUUACAUUUUUUGAUAGUCUGAGAUUUUUGUUCCUCACUAUUACAUAAUACAUGUUUUUUAAUUCAUCAGAAGGUACGGUACAUUGUAAAUAUUGGUCUUCUGGAGUCUUGUCUGCUGGAGGGCCUUUUUGCUAGACAUAUGCAUAAUAAGUCAUAUGAAAUGAUAUGCAUGUACAAGGGUUUUUUAUGAUCUGAUCGAGUAUUAUUACUCCUGAUCUCAUAGAGUGCCUUUAAUAAUCAAAUGACAUUAAGCUUAAAGAAUGAUUGAGAGACGGCAAUAGAGAGUUAACAGACAUUUAAAACAUAAAAUGAUAGCUAGCACUAAACACUGGUAGCACUAAACAGUGAAUUUCACUCUCCCCAAUGCAUUUAAGCUGUCUGGAUCAGUAACAAAACGUAAGUGGCUUAAUAUCGGGUGAUGCCUAAAAAUUUGUUUGUUUAGCAAUGGAUUAAUAUUAAGGUGACUGUCUAAGACACACAUGUACACUGCACAGUGAUUUUUGUCAUGUAUUACCUAUGAUGUUAUUCAAAAUAUAGCCUGUGAAAGAAUGCACUCUAUGCCUUUUGCAAAAGUUGGUCACAAUGACCAAUUAACAGAAUAUUUGUAAUGAAAACUACAACCUACGCUGCCUAAUAACUAAUGUUUGUUUCAGUUAGCCAGGAUCCCAAUUUUCUAGCCAAUGCUCUGUGGGGAGACUUUGGAGCAUGCACUGUGUCUAGCUAUAGAGUUGUUUUUCCAUACUGUAUCACUGAUUUUGUUUCCUCUACAUUCUGCAUCCCUGAUGCAUAAAAAUCCCCAAAGACGCAAAAUAAUUCAUGGCAUGCAUCCCAUAGGAUGCAAAGAUCGAUCGAACAAUCUGAACAUGAUUGUGUAUAUUGUAGAAAUAUCCCAUUCGUCAGGGCUUCUGAUAUUUCAUGCGGUCGCAGAGCCGCAAAAUUCAGGUAAAUCCGCGAAAUUCACAAAAACACGCAAAAUACCGCGAACUUCAGUAUAAAUCUUAUCAAAUACAUGUCUGCACAGCAUUUUUGAAACUUGGCUCAGCUACUGGGGCUAUUUACUUGCUGUAAACUUGCAAACUUAUUUCAAAACUUCAUCACUGAAAUGUGCAAACAACAUCCUGAAACUACCAGGCGUAGAUUAUGUUGCAAAAAACUGGGCACUAGCCAUGAUUUUAAAGGCUUUGCCAUUGGUUCAUUUCUGGAGCGUAUUGUUGUUGAAAGAGCAAAUGAUGACCUCUGUUAGAAAAACAUUAAAAAUGCUGGUCUGAUCAGCGCAAAUCCAAUCAAUUUCUAGUAAAAUUUGCCCUGAAAAUAACCACAAAAUCCGCCGUUUUUUUACCGAUUGCUUUCUGGCCAAGUUUGCCCCAAAAACUCCCGCAAAAUUCCUGCGAAACUGGCCGAUUUUUCCGCGAUUUUGUCCCAAAAAUUCUGCGAAAUUUAACUUUUUUUCCGCGACCUAUCAGAAGCCCUGAUUUGUGUAAUUUCUUUGGCAGUUAUUAUGGCUGUUAUUUAAUGAUGCAUAAUUAUUUCUUUUACGUCGCCUUUGUUGUGCUUUUAAAAUGGAAGGACUACAUGUACAUUGUAUAUUUUAAUUUCAGUGUACUGUGAUACAGAGUUUUGGAGUCUGUCUUCGAAUUAACUGUCUGGUUACAUAAAGGCCCAAACAUUUUCAAUUUUGGGACCUGUUGUUUCUGGACUGGAACUCCUAAUUUUUUACAAGAUGAGUCCUAGGACUCACCAUAACUAUUUGUAUCAAAAUCACUGGUGUAUACAUCUAAAUCAGUUCUGGUUGUACUAUUGUACAUGCUCUUUCAAUUCUUCCUGUAUUUACCUUACCUACAUGUAAUUUCUAAAAAAAAAAAUUGUAAUGUUUAGAGAAGGUUGAUGACAUGAAUAACUGUUACAAAAGCCAAUUAUAACUUGUGUGUUGAAACUAAUCCACUCUUAAAUUUUUCUUAAGGUACCUGAACCUUGUGCUAGGGCUUUGUAUGACUAUGAACCAAAAGAAGUUGGGUAAGUGCUGAUACGUAAUCAAAGGAAAAGCCACUUUCAACCCCGCAAACAAUAAUAUGACAAGUUGCCAUUGAAGCUCCCUGUUGCAGUCAAAAUGGGCAAAACUGUGACCUCUUUGAACUCUAGUGAACUCUUACAAUUGCAGCUGGCGUAAUAUGGCACUAAUGUAUAAUGUAUGCCCAAGUUUACUGAAAUGUUUUUAUUAUUAUUAUUAUUAUUAUUAUUAAUUAUAGAUUUAAGAAAGUAAGAACCUGUUCAAAUUUUAGGUUAAACAGGUCCUUGUAUAGAAAGGGCCUAGCCUAACAGGUUCUUAAAAACCAGGUUUUUAGUCGCAGGUUUUUACAGUAAUUAACAUUCUUGCAGUUUAGUUUCUCAUGCCUGAUUGGCUUUUUCCUUGCAACACAAUAAGAUUCCAGACAUAUUUACGGUGUUCACGGUUUUCCCGGUUUGACUGUAUCAGACAAAUGUACAUUUUGUGCAGUUUUAGUACAUGAAUGGUCAACUUGCAAAUUUCUCUGGUUUGCCUGUGGUCAGGUGAAGGCCAAGCAGGCCUGCUCUGGACAAUCUCUAACUUUGACACUUGAUAAUAAUUUUUAUUUAUUGCCACAUUUUUUCCAUGGCCUUCAUCUUCUACAGUGUGCACAUGAAAACAUCAUUGCUGCAAUAAAUCUACAUUGUAGAAUCAUUGUCUGUAAUUGCAGGGACAGCAUUAAUUUUUGUGGACCUUAUAAUAUUAAAUGCAUUGUGGCUUCAUGUCCAUUUCACCCCCCACCCCCUACAUCUACACAAGGUUAUUUACAUAUGUACAUGACUGUAUGAUGACUGUAUAAACAUCUGUAAAUUAUUUAGAUUUCCUUUUUUUUUUCUUCCUUCUCUCCAAUUUAAGUGAUUUAACCUUGCAUAAAGGAGAAAUUAUAACUUUACUAAAGCAAGUAGAUGAAAACUGGUAUGAAGGAUUGUGCAAUGGCUGUCAAGGAUUCCUCCCAGCAAAUUAUGUAGAGGUACAGUAUACAAUAUAUGUGUGCACUUAGGGUGCCUUACAUUCAAAGUGCACCUACAGGUAGCUUGAAGUUAAUUUGUUGAGUCUGUUAGGAAAAUUCAAAACAACUUUCCUUUCCUCUCCACCUCUCAGCCAGAGGAAACUGUGAUUUUCUAGAAUGCUAUUCUUUUAUUAUUUCAAUGUUGUUAAUGUAAAUGACUUGUACAUGCAAGUCAUGUUUAUAAGACUGUGGCGUGAAGGAUUCCAUCUCAGGCAGAAGGAUAAUGAUGAUGGAAAUCUGGGCUUAGGAUCAAAUUACAUGUAGUGUACAGCUGUAAUCAUUAUGGGUGGGGCAUACAAGUGUACAUCAAUGAAUUACAGCUUUACAUGCACCCAUAGUAACAAUGGUCCUUAGAGGGAGAUGAUUAGCGAGAUUAUGUGAGAUUUUACUUUUUGCAAUUUUGGUUUCAAAAUCCCACUGUAGGUUAUCAAUCCACUGCCGAGCCUAGAUGAUACGUUUGACAGACCAAUCGCCAAAGCAUUGUUUGACUUUGAAGAUGAACAGGAGCAAGAUUUACUUUCAUUUAAACAGGUGUGCACUCUACAUGUACAGUUACUUGUAUUAUCAGUGUAUACAUGUAUGUUGUGGUUCAAUUUUAUUUCCUUUUGUUUUGGGGAAUGAUAAUGUACAUGUAUGAUAAUGAGUUUGAAACAAAAAAGAAAACAAGAGUUAGACCAAGGAUAAAGUUGAACUACAUGUACCAUUCAAAUUAUAUUCAGGUUAAAAUUUUUUAACCUACAUUUAUUCUCAAUUUCCUUUUUCUCCUAGCCCUAAUUCAUGAAUAAUUAGCACUAGCUACAAUGUAGGGGACAAAGGAAAUUAGUCCAUUCACCCUUUAUUAAAACCCUAACAUCAAAAUUCAAAUUCUCAUUUGUUAUCCCUAUAUGUUUUCAGUAGAAGUAGUGGGGAGAAAUCAUGAAGUAGUGGGGAGAGAUCAUGUCUUUAAUUCUCAUGACCACUGUAAAAUGAAAUUAAAUUAAUUAAAUUAAAAUUAAAUUAAAUUUAAAUUAAAUUAAAUUAAAUUAAUUUUAUUUAAGCUCGAUAGUGUGAGGAGUGGUUGCCCAAUCUCCCAAGCCCAGGGCUCAUGUAUGAAACGCUCAAGCAUUCCGGAUCGAAUUGGAAUUUAGAAAUGUUGGUUUUUGCGGAGAGGGGAAAACCGGAGUACCCGGAGAAAAACCUCUCGGAGCAGAGAAGAGAACCAACAACAAACUCAACCCACAUCGAGUCGAGUCCGGGAAUCGAACCCGGGCCACAUUGGUGGAAGGCCAGUGCUCUCACCACUGCACCAUCCCUGCUCCCCAAAACCACUGUGUUUUAUAAAGCAGUGAUAUUACAAGGAGAAAUUUGAUACUGAUCACUCUUAGGGCUUAAAGGAUUAAAGGCAGAGGAUACAAAUUGCGACCCUGCUUGAAAAUCCCUCCAGCAAGGAUCAAAGUGAAAUGCCUCAGUGAAGAUGAUUAUUACAUGUACUCUGGUGUCAUGUUUAUUUUCUCUCAAUAGGGCGAUAUAAUAUAUGUGUUACGUCGAGUAGAUGAAAACUGGUGUGAAGGAAGGCUUAAUGGCAAACUGGGUAUUUUCCCAGUAUCCUUUGUAGAAGUAAGUAAUGUAGUUGUCUAUGAGAAGACACUUGAUUAUUGUAACUUAUAGCAAGAGUUGAUGUUACAAAAGGGAACUAAAAAAUGCCCAAUACUUUCCAUAAGCUUCAGAAACCGUGGAAGGGUUUAUUGUUUGUAAUUUUUUCUUUGUUAAGGGCAUCAACCCAGUCAGUGUACUUGAAGCUUUAUUAGAUGAUUAACUAAACGUAUGAUCAUGUUUUUGUUUGUUUUCAGUUUAACACAGUGGCGAGGAAACUUGCAGAUCGUGUUGACCAUCCUGAAAGCCCUUCUCAAGCUACUGCCAAACCACAAAGGAAUUCCCCUGCAUCUGACACGAACAAAGCAGAACCCAAGAGGCACACAAUGCAUUUUGUUGGUCAGCGCAAUCAAGAGAGCGAGUCAGCUGGACUUCAAAGGCGUUCUCUUGAUAUUAAAUCUUCAGACAGGCUGGCUGAUGCUCUUGAUCGUUCAUCUUCUUCAGGAUAUGUGUCGUCCGAAAGUACAUCUAGUCAGGUAAGCAAUGUAAUUCUGGGCUUUGUAACCCGUUUUUAGGGAGCAUAAGCAAUUGAUGAUGACGAUGGCGACGGCAACGAGAACGUCAACAAGCAAUAGGUUUAGGUUUUCUUUGCACAUGCAUCGCAUUGCAUCUGUUCAUUUCUUUGCUGUUACUGUACAUGUAUGACUACGACAUGAAAGUGCCCAAUUUCAUGUUUUGUGGAGGACAUGAACACAAGACAACUUCCUUUUUCUUUUCCUGAACUUUGAUACAGUCUUUUUAUAAUGAAAUUGCAGAAGUAUUUGCCAACAUUUGAUGAACUGAAAGAGAUGGAAUAAGCACGAUAAAAUUUGAAGCAGCACGAAUUCAUUUUUAAGGUGACGUUUUCAUGAAAGUCGCUGUUGUUGUUGCUAAAGCUCCCUAUUAAGGUACAUGUACAGUUGUUAGGAAUGACAUAUCACGAGAGUUCUCAACCUACCUGUACCUGUACUAUACUCUCCUAUUAAACAUGUGGUGUGUUGAUAUUAUAUUAUUGGUUUCAUCUUACACAUGACCAUUACAUGUAUUUUUAUGAAGAUACACGGAUGAGGUGAUUACCAUUGGACCGACACCUCUAAUUUUAAUGGUAAAGGUCAUGCACCUUACGAAAAUCCCAAAUCAAAAUGUUGGACUUUAAUCUGAGGUGCUCAUAUGAUAUUGGCACCUUUUCGAGAUUCAAAGUGUAAUGAAACAGGUAAUUAUUUUGGUAAAUCGCGUACCAUUAUGCCACUUUGCAAUGCACCUAACUGGGUUUUUCUGUCAGAUGCAAUUAAUGGCCUUUAAAUUUUUCCUGCUAAUUUUCUGAAUCACCCGUUUUUUUGUUGGCGGCUUCCCACCAAUCCUUCAAUCUGACUGCAGUGGCUUGAAAACCGUAUAAUGUCUUAGGUUCCGCAUAUAUUAAGUGAGCCAGCUGGGUUAGCUACAUUGGCCUACUUUACUGGGCUGGCUCACCGCAUAUGUACAGUGUACGGGCCCUUAAUCUCGUUCAUGCAUUUCUAUUUUCCUAGCGAUCAUGGCGAGUAUAAGAAUUCACUAAGGCAGCUAUGGAAGUCAUGGUCACAAUUUCACAGCAGUCAUAUUGAUACUAGCCUGCAGUGCAGGCGUUUCCUUCGGGCGCGUGAAUGUUUUUGCUCGUGGAAGCGCCAUUUUGAAACUCCAAAAGAGUAGAGGAAAUGGGGCGACCCUAAUGUUAACACUAAACUCUCCCCAAUCUUCCUCUGUCAUAAAAUCAAAGAUGGCGCCUUCAACAGUACUAACAUAAACAAGCCGCUUUCGACCGCCCAAAAUACGCCUGCACUGCUGUCUAUUUUGAUACCCGCUUUUACUUAGAUAACAGUCACAUUCUUCUUUUGUUUUUAAGAACACUCCACCACCAAGAUCUAAUACCAAUAGUCCAUCAAGUCAAUCACAGCCAGCCGCUGGACGGCGGGGUUCAUCACCUUUGUUUGUUAGUCCAUCUCAGUUGGCUUCAGGCAGACAAGCUUCACCUGCUGACUCCAAUACAAAUACAGCGGGUUCAAGACCAGUGUCAGCAGAAAUGGGAAAAGAAUUGUAAGUAGCACUUAAUUUUCUUCAUUUUCUCACUUCCUUUUUUGUUUAACCAGUCCAAAGUCCAAAGAAAUUGAUUUUAUGUGAAAUACAGUGUAGACCGUGUCACCGUUUGUUCACGUGACAAGAUUUAGCAUUUUUUUUUGACAUGUUUUCAAUGAAAUUUGUUGAAGAACUUUGACGGGAUCCAUUUGAUACAGAACUUAUCAAAAAGCGUAAUAAAAUUAUUUUGGAUCCUUAGCCUGCUAAAGAGUUCAAGGCAACUGGUCUGAACGGCAACCAAGAAUGUGGGUUUAUUGUUUGCACUGAUUACUUCAUGCUUCAUAAAUCGGCUGGGGCACCUUUCAACCCUGAUACUAAAAUGUUCUAAGAGGUAUACACUGUAGUAGGGAGAAGCUGUCCAAAUAUCCAGCAAAAUUCCACUUGUUUGAUCACGUCCCUAAUUCUUGUUACCACUCUGUUCUAUGACGUGUUGUAUUGCAAAGAAAAAAUUUGAUGCUGUUCACUUUUAGGGCUUUAGGACACAAGCCGUACACUGUUUUUCCUAUUAGGUUGAGUUUAAGUCCCAGGCGAAAUGUCGAACUUUUCAUGAGAUGAACCAAACUCAGUGAUUAAAGUUCAUGAAAAGUUCGACGUCUGGCUCAGUUAAGUUCGUCUGAACGAGUCUGGAUAAUCCAACACGUUCUAUCCGUCUACUUCAAACGGAAGUAGACGUGUAGCACUUGACAGUUAUGAUCUAAAACUGAUAAACUUGUGGCCCUCCGUUAACAUAAAAUCAUUAAAAUAUUUAAAAAAAAUUACAAUGUCAAUUUAAAAAGAUUAAAAUUUACGUUUAUAAAAGCUAUAGUAGACACAAUUUAAAAACAAAGAAGAAUGGUAUUUAAAAAACUAUUGACAGUCUUAUUUGAAAAUUUUUAACGAUUUAAAACAAGUAAAAGUAAAAUAAAAAUUUUACUUAUUUUACUAUUUUGCGGAAUAUAUAGGCCUACAUGUAGGCCUAAGAUGUCACAAGAGCGACGGCAGCAAAAACGUCACUUUUAAAAAAAGUGACUUGGCGUUCUUUGAAAUUUUAGCGCGAUUAGCCCAACUCGCCAGCUGAGUUUGCAAAUGCAGGCGAACUCUCCUGGACUUGAAUUCUGAACAAAAAUAUCCAAGUUUACAAAGAGAAAGGGAGAUUUGUUGUGUUAUGUUAACGUUAGUGGUGGGAAUCGGUUGAGAUUUCACAAUUGAUCAUCGGAAAUAAUCGGAUUGCUCCAAUCGAUCGAUCGUCGAUUAUAAUCGGAAAAAUCUACCAGUAAGCAUUCCAAGAUUACAUUGCAGCAGUUCAAGUGAGACUGACACGAAAUCAACAAAACACACGUACCACAAACCUUUGUUGGCGUAUUUCUUUCUGCAGAGCCUACAGAUUACCUUCGUCAUAUCUCAAGUUUUCCUUUGUUUUGGGCCCUUCCUUCACUUGAUAAAAACCAAAAUAUUCCCGCACGUUUGACCUGGCGUUUCCAGGAUAACGACAGAUCUCCAACUCGGCCAUUUCAGCCGCCAUGUUAGACUCGUCAGCAACAUGUAAGGGAGGCAGGUCUGAGAGAGGACCCUGGAAAUCGCUGCGAUGUUGUUUCUUAAUACCUUUCAUUCGCUAGUGAUAGUAGUGAUACUACAAACGCGAAACAGUAAGCUUGUAAUUUAUGUUUUGGUUCAGUUGUUUACGAAAUACAAAGCAGCUUAGCAUGCCACAUCUUUCAAAUAAGCGUGGCGUAUUUAAAGUGACAACAACACAGCGCGCAGGGUACGCAAAGGUAAACACCUUCAAUCUUAGAUUAUAUCUGCUGUUAUGACUUAGAAGUUAGAAGUCCACGAAAAAGACAACUCACACCAAGAUAUUAAACGUACAUUUUUAUUGAUUUUAAUACUUUUAUUUGUCACCAAUAAAUUUUUAAUUUUUCCGCGACAAUCGAUUAUGAAAAAAGCAUAAUCGAUUGUCGCGUCGCUUGAACUUUUCGAUCAACUUUCGAUUAUAAUCGAUCAUCGGCCCACCACUAGUUAACGUUAUCGUGAAAUUAGGCGGUUCACGUCGAGGUCGUUCAGUGACGUCAGGCGUUAUGCACGCAAAAAUGCUGUUUUGCCAGCUUUUUUGGCGUUUUCUUUGCCGUCGCCGUAGUGACAUCUAAGGGCCUGUUUAUAUGGAGGUGGGGGACCCAAGGUAGGUGGGGUAACCCGCCUGUCCAUAUAAUCGCUCAUUUUUAAUUUGAUCAUAUUUACAUGAUAGGUGGAGUGAACCGCCGCGGGUUACCUCACCUACCUGGGGUUCCCCACCUCCAUAUGAACAGGCCCUUAAACUCUCUUUAUCUUUGUAAACGUACAUACUUAAAGGUUGUGAAUUGCCUCCAACAGAUAUGUUGCCCUGUAUGGUUACAAGCCAGCUAAAGACGACGAGUUGGAACUGGUUCGAAACGAGACCUACUUUGUAACAGAAAAGUGCAAAGAUGGAUGGUUUAAAGGAUACUCGGCGACUACUCAAAAAAGAGGAGUCUUUCCUGGAAAUUAUGUUCGCCUAGCCAGGUAGAUACUUCUGAUAAAUAACCUGUUGAAAUUGAUAUCUUCAUUCAGUGUCAGCUAGGAGUACCGGAGAACUCAAUAAUUAUCAGUAUUUCCAAAAGAAACCAAUGACCUGAAUUCGGAAAUUGUUACACCAGUAUAGGUUAUUUAGAGGGACAGUUAAAAAAACUGGCAAGAUGAAAAACGUAAUGUCAAGACCGUUAGUUCUGUUCACAAAUCCCAGGAAGAGAACCAAAUCCCUGAGUGUUUUCUAUAAUCCUAAAAAUCAAUUUAAAGCUGGAAAAAGUAGAUCUUAUUUGUGGCUAAUGAAAUGAAUCUUCCAAGACACUCACGGAUACCCAAACAAUUCUCACUGGUAAUAAUAAUGAUAAUUCCGUUAUUUUCCCUCGGCAGUACUUAUAGCACUAAUGCUAGUGGGGCCAUGCAAAUGCCUGAAAUAAAUAAUUCUAAUUAAACUUAACAGGGUUAAGAAUCCCAGCUGCCUGGAGGUAAACCAGUUGGCUGUUUACAUGCAUGGCCGAGUAUUUGAACUCGGGACUACGAGCUAACUGUCAGGGCGGGACUUAAACUCGGGGCCUCCGAAUUGCAAGGCCAGCGCCCAAACCGCUCGGCCACGCUCACCCCUUACUGAAACAUUAGGUAAUAUGCAUGAAUUAUCACAAAAUUGAAGCUUAGUCAUUAUCUUUGAAAACUAUUAAGUUUUCGGGCUGUCACUUAAAGGGCCAGGGUCCGUGAAUUUCCCCGGCUACUAUAAACAUGCCCCCCCCCCCUCCCUUUCCGCCUCCGCAUCCCCCAGAUACUUUCAUAGAAAACAAAACAAAAUAGAGCCAAAAGUACUUUAUAAUUCUUCAAUUCCCCGCCUACUAAUUGCAUAUACCCACUGAACGUGAAAUUCGUAAGUGACAGUCCUGUAUAAUACUCAGUUUCCUUUGAAUUUCAUUGGGCAUGGCCUUCCCAUGUGAGAUGAACCCUAACCCUCAACUUUCCCUUAUAAGGGGGCAUUGUUAAAAAAAAAAAAUGAGUUUCUCGGACCUCUUUAUAAAGUCCAGGACGUCUUUUUACUAGCCGAGUGCAAAGGAAGCACUGUCUUUAACCUGGAUUAGUACGUUAAUUUGUGCUACUAAUUGUUGGUUUUGACUGUCGCUGACUCCUGUUUAUUGUGAAAUUUACAGCAUUCACAAUUUACUGACAAGUUCACAAAGUACCAGUCCAGAGCAAGACAAAAUGCCAACACAAAAUGGUAUUCAACCACAACCUCCUCUGCAUCAAAGGCCACCACCGCCACGACACGCUAUCUCAGAAGGGGUCUCCCAGACUAGAUUUCAACGGUCGGACUCUGCCCCACCCUACCCCCAACAAUCAUCGACAACCAUGAUGGGAAGUCUAGUCGUCAAUUUAGGUCGUCAAACAAAUUUAGUAGAAAACAGGAACAUUGCCCAGGGACCAGCUGAGAGGAGCAGAUUUCCACCGACUUCGCCCCUUCCCCCACCUCCGGCACCCAAAUCGGUAUGUCCAUGUUUCUCAUCUGUUCAGUCAAGGAACCUUCCAUGAGGGGUGUGUGUGUGUGUAUGUGGGGGCGGGGAUGGACAGGAGGGUCAAAACCUCCCAUCCUUUUUUUUCUUCUUGGCCCCUUCUCUUAGCCCUUUUUCGAUUGCAAAGUAUUAAGCAUUGUUGCGUAAUUUCUGUUUAUUCCUCCCGCUUUCCGCCUUUUAAAAACUCUCACCUCCCCGUCUUUCCUUUCCCGUCACCCAUACCACUCCCCCCUAUACUCCCGGGCCUCCACCCCCUGUCAUCCCCACUUUCAAGUUACAUAAAGUUGUUGGAUACCCCCAAAAGAAUUCCAGUUUUGGGCUGUCCUUCUCAAACGAAUGGUAUGUAUACAAAAACGUUAUAUGAAAAUUGUCUUAAAUAUUUCUGCCUAUAGACAGUUGUAUGUAAUUAUGUAUAAUUCUUUGUUAUCUUUGUCUUUACAGAGUGGUUUUUGGAAAAAGCUGAAAGGCAAAAAGAAAGACAGAUCAAGGUUAACACCACCCCCUCCCCCGCCGCCUCCAUAUCAAAGGUACAUAAUUAUCUACAUGCAGUUAUACUGUUGUCCACUAUUCCCCGCCCCCAAUUACACUCCCUUGCCAUUAAAGAUGCUAUUCAUGUAGUGUAAAUGUACUUGGGUUGUUUACAGUUAUUUCCAGAAAGGUUGUCGGAAAAAGUGCACCCGACAAUCCCGAAAGGUAUUGCAGGUGGUUUUUAAUUUACUGUUUUUUCAAAGAAAUUUCAAAGAAUGGCAAGAGGAGCCAUGGACGUAAGUUAGCGAGUGCUAAAGGAAGGCAACAAAAGUAGGUUCGACCGCUACAGUGUCAGGAACAGUGUAUUGAUCAUAUCCCAUAUUACCUUUUGGGAUUGUCGCGUGCACAGUUUUUCCGACAACCUUUCUACAAAUAGCUGUAUGUACCAUGUACCUUACCCCAUACACGACAUGUGCAUCAGUUGGCAUCCUCCUCUAUUCCCUGAUUCCCCAGUUCCGCAGGCCUCGCACCUAACGUCAAGUCACCUACUGCCUUGAGCCUUCUCCACAUUAUGAACCCCUCCAUUUGAUUUUUGUUAACAGUCCCUUUCUCUUUAGCGAAAUCCGUCCGGGAGAGGUGCGUAACACGCUAAAAGGUCUACCCAGUAAGUUGAAUGGUUAGGUCUCAAAGGAGAGAAAAACUUUCUAGUGAAGGAUUGUCUACCUAUUGCUAGAUACUAACUAUUACAUGUAGUUUAAGCAAAAAAUAUCAAGCCAUCCAUUCUAGAACGUAUGCAAUUUACAGUCGAAGAACAAAUUUCAAUCACCGCGGAAAGCACAAAGUAUUUAAACAGAAGUGACACGAAUUACUUCAGACACUAAUUCUUUGAGUGAAUUUUCCUUUUAUUGCUUACUUUUUCCAGGUAUUAGAAGGUAAGCAUGUUUGUACGAUUAAUCUUACAGUAUCUUUUUUCUCUUUCCCUUCCACCAGAAAUGUCCCUGCUGGUCACAGUGCAUUAUCACCCCCUCCAUACGACUUUGGGAUCAUGUUUUUAUCCAGUCAGGUCAGCAACUAUUUUCUGAUUUUAGUCUUAGUGACUUCAGACAACCGGAAAUUGCCCAAAAUUCUUGCCAGUCGUGUGCCACAAAGCAUAGAAUCAGCCAAUCAAUACUCGAACCAAAUGCAUUAAGCGAGCGUCAUGCGCGGAAAUACCAUACAAUUCUGAUUGGUUGAUAAGGUGACGUGUUAUUUCUGAGCCAAUAGGCCAUUUCUGAGUUCCAAAAUCACUCACUUUCAAAACGAGGCUAGGUGCAAAGCCUUUGUUGUAAAAAUGAGUUUUAUUUGCAUGAGAAUAAAUAAUCAUUUCCAUAUCAAUGGAUUCACACUUAACCUCGCUUUGAAACAGAGGCUUGAGGCAACACUAAACCAAGGUAAUAUCCGCGGCUAAGUAAUGCACCUCCCUAUUUCAUCACUAAUUAUUAUGUUGAUGUCUUGAUCUUUUAGCCCUCAAGGGAAGGCAUUUCGGGGCAGAAGUCGAGAUCUCCGAGUAGAGAUGAAAACCCACCCGUUAUUGAAAGGUUGGUAUUCAACAGCAGCAUUAGCAACAAUGAGGUCCGUUUCAGACGUCGAACUUUACAUAUGCCGAGUCUAAUGCACACGAGCGAGAACAAUACAUUUUCUGCACAUGGGAGGUGCGACGUUGGAAAUCAGCCUUUAUAUUGUGUGUGUGUGUGUUUUUUUUUUAUUAUUAUUAUUGUUUUUUUAUUUUCAUGUACUGUACUAAAAAACGAUUAGGAGUGUAUUAUCAAGCUUAAAAACAUUCGGCGAAACCUGAUAAUACACGACGGCGAGGUUUUUGAAGGGCUAAUAUUUUGCACUAAUAUUUAGAUUUAGGUUAUUUUGGUCUAAAGAAUUGGGCGUAAAGUUUAGCCGUGUCCUUAACAAAUAAAAAGACAGUCAUUAAACAUUGGUUUCUUUUUUUAAUGGAGCGUCAGCAAACUUGCUGAAAAAGGUAAGUACAGUUUUAACAUAAAGUUGAUGAAGAAAGGAUCAUCACAGUUAAAUACGCGACCUAUGCAGUUGCGAAAAAAAAACCUGAAAAAAAUUAGGCUUGUCUGGAUUCGAACUCUGACCCCUGGGGUACCGGUGCAGCGCUGUAACCAACUGAGCUGAUCAUUUAAUGUGAUAUAUGAAAUUCACGUAUUCAUCAUUUCAUUAAAACAGCGCUUGUCUCGUUUAUCAGUAUUUUUUUUUCUUUCAGGUGCCGUGCUGUUGUACCGUACCCACCUCAACACGAAGCAGAGCUUGAGCUUCUAAUCGGCGACGUCGUUUAUGUAACGAAAAAACGUCUAGACGGUUGGUACAAAGGGACGCUAGAACGAAAUGGUAAAACGGGCUUAUUUCCAGGGACGUUUGUAGAGAGUUUUUAAUAGAUAUGAAUGGGCAGAAGGCCCGAGAACACGUACUUUAGUUUUCAUAGGCAAGAUCUUUUUUCUUUAAAUCGCUGGUGAUCCAACUUAAAGCCUUAGUGAUAAUUUUCCGAAAGACUCGAAAAUGUUCAUUUUCGAACCAUCCGCUAUCCACUACCAUCAACAGUUUUAACGUAUAAACGUACUUACAGAAAUAAAAUUUAAAUAAAGACAUAUUCAGGGACACAGAAGGGAUGAAAUAAAAAUGUUGGCAUGCCCAGAACGUUUUCUUAUCAGCAGUUGAAUAUUCUAUUAGCUCCUAUGGAGCACUUUUUAUGUGCUUUCAGUUGUGUGGUAGUAUGAACUUUGAAUGUGGGUUCCAAUCUAGAAAUUGCCAGAAUUUGUUUUAGUUUUACAUUUAAAUGCUUUGAGGACCCAGGUGCACUGUUCAUUGUUCAUAGUUCAGUCAUAGCUUAAUAAUACUUUCUAAAGGUAGUGCCUAGGAAUGCCUAGAGUGCCACACUUUCAUAUUGAUGCUUACGCCUGAAGCCGCGGAAUAACUUCUGGACAUGUCUAUCUGUUCACUAUGUCAAUAUUUAAAUUGAGAUCUGGGUUCUUAAACUUGUAUGAGUUGUAUUUUUAGCCACAAACGUUCUGUAGUAUAUACGUUCUCUUGUUUUUCAUGCGCAACUCAGUUUGUUUAGCGAAGGAUCAAGGGGACUCUCCAGCGACAAAUUUACUCGUUUAGGCCACUGUUACGGUUGCGUAAUAUACCAUACACAUGGUAAUGGUGGUAUAUACAGCUUUUUUAAAACUAGUCUUUAGUUAAAAAAAUAAUAAUAAUGAAAUGAAAAUAAAAUAAAUAAUAGUCACUGAAUUUUAAAUAAACGAGACGUGGUAAAUAUUGAUCGUAAAUAGGUAUGUAUGUAGGUAUGAGUGUUUGUUAAGUAAUGAUGUAAAUAGAUUCUUUCGAAUUUGAAUAAAUACAUUAGAGAC